AACUUAAUGUGUGACUGUGACAGGGGGCGGGUUAGAAUUGUGAUCGUUCGGGGCCCUGGGGGCUAUUGCCGCUGGAGCACGGAGCUUGUUACAGCGCUAUGUCUGAUGGGUUUGAGCGGGCCCCUGGGGCCGGGAGGAGCAGAGGACGUGGGUCGGGAGGGGGGAGAGGUCGCGGGUGGGGAGUAGAAGCGGCGGAGGGAGGGAAAAUACCGGCCUUCAGCGGGGCCUUGGGUGCUGGGGAUGAGCCUGGGAGAGCCAAAGCCGUGGGGAGCCAACAACAGCAGCAACAACAGCAGCAGGAGCCACUAAGGCCGCCUCGCACUGGGCCGCCUGGAGGAGGAGGAGAUGCAGGAGCAGCACAGACAAGUCAGGAAAGGUCUUCACCACCGGCCCAGUUGUCUCCUCACACUUACUCAAUGGCCGUAUCCAAAGCACAGCCUGCAGAUCCUGGGAGACUCCUCUCAAAUCUGUCUGUGAAUGCUGCCGAGUUCUACCCCUCAGGAUAUUCUGUAGAAGCCAAUAACUGUGUUGAAGAGAACGGCUGCUGUCCAGUGCUUCCUGAGGCGACACUUGCAGAGUACGUGCAAGACUUUUUAAACCAUUUAACUGAGCAGCCUGGAAGUUUUGAGGCAGAAAUCUUCCCCUUCUCCGAUGUACUGAUUAACUGUGUUACUACAGAUGAGUUGUUACAAGAACUCGUUGAACUUAUUUACCAGCAGGCCACUUCUGUUCCAAACUUCUCUUACACGGGAGCACGACUGUGCAAUUACCUGUCAAAUAAUCUGCACAUUAACCCACGGAACCAGAACUUCAGGCAAUUAUUACUGAAGAGGUGUCAAAAAGAAUUUGAUAAAAGGGAUCAGGCAGCAAAGGGUGAUGGUGCCACCAGAAAGCAAUUCCAUGCCUUUGUACUCUUCCUGGGAGAGCUCUAUCUCAAUCUGGAGAUCAAGGGAGCAAAAGGCCAAGUAACUCGGGCUGCAAUUCUGCAAAGUGGCCUCCAAGAACUACUGAAUUCUCUGUUCUCUAAUCCAGUGGAUGAUAACCUGAUGUGUGCAGUCAAACUACUGAAGUUAACAGGGUCCAUUUUAGAAGAUGCUUGGAAAGAAAAAGGGUUGUCGUGUAUGGACCAAGUGAUGCAGAGGAUGAAGAAUGUGGUUCUGGAUGCAAACUGUAGCAGAGAUGUAAAGCAGAUGCUCUUGAAACUGGUGGAAUUGCGUUCAAGUAACUGGGGCAGGGUCCAUGCUGCUUCCACCUUCAAAGAAGCCACUCCAGAAAAUGAUCCCAACUAUUUCAUGAAUGAACCAACAUUUUACACAUCUGAAGGAGUCCCCUUUACUGCAGCAGAUCCAGAUUACCAGGAAAAGUACCAGGAGCUUAUGGACCGGGAAGAUUUCUUUCGGGAUUAUGAUGAAAAUGGAACAGACUUUUCCGGUGGAGGAGACCCGUACUUUGAAGAUUAUGAUGAUGACGAUGAUGAGAUGGAUCCUGAAAUGGAAGAGGCCUAUGAGAAGUUCUGCUUGGAGUCAGAACGUAAGAAGAAACAGUGAAGCUUUAGGCAUGCCUUAGUCACCCUGUAGGCCAGGGACAUCAUCCUCUCCGCCAUGUUGUAGUGUUGAACUACAGCUCCCCCCCCUCCCCAGUGGCAGGCGAAAGAAGCUGCACGCUGUGGGCCAUAAUAGCCGAAAGCCCCACGGGGGGGCAUCUCUGGUAUGAUGUUUAGCAAACAGGGGCAACAUCUCAUUAUUAAACCAAAUUUCUAAGGAUAAAGCAUUCAGUUUGUGCAAACGCUCUCUGUUCAACCGAAUGCCGCCCGUUGUAAACGGAUAACCCUGUAAGUUACAAUGAAAGUUUGUGUAUAUAUUAGUUUAUUUUAUGUACAGAUAAAGAGAAGAAAAAAAAAGUGAGAUGCGUUUUUGGCUGCAAUAAAAAUUUCAUUUCAAGGA